AUGGCGCCGCAAUCGCCUCACUUCCGGUGGCCGGCCAACAUAUCCUGCAGACUUCCGGUGCGUGGCGUGCUGGCGGUCGCGUCCGGCUUCCUGCUGCAUUUCUCCAUGAGUUGCAUGCUCACAAUAGGCAACCUCACCACCUACCUGACAUCGUACCUACGCGUCCGCGGCAGUCAGGACGUGGGCUACGCUCAGACGGUGUGGGUGAACUCGCUGAUGAGUCUGACUGAGGGCCUUAUCGUGCUUCUGGGCAGCAUGCUCUACGAGCGCUGCGGCCCCCGGCUCGUCGUACUGCUCGGCAGUGUGGUGGCCAGCGGAGCCACCGCGCUGACGAGUGUCUCCGUCAAAACGUCCCUGAUGUGGGUGAUCAUGACGUACGGCGUGAUGAACGGCGUGGGAAUGGGACUGGUGUACACCGUGCCGUUGCUGGUCGGCUGCAAGUGGUUCCCAAACAGCAAGGGCAGGGUGAGCGGAAUAUUGGCCGCCGGCUUCGGUCUCAGUGGCAUGGUCUUCACCGUCAUACAGACCAGCUUCAUCAACCCUGAUAAUGUGUCUACGGAGGAGGACGGCUUCUUCCGCGAUGCGGCGCUGCUGGAUCGCGUUCCGAAGGUGUUUCUGCUGCAGCACAGGCAGAAGCGCCAGCUGACCAAGCACCUGGUCGAGCAGAAACGCGACUGA